AUGGCUGAGGCAAAGUCUAUUCAUGACAUCAUCCGUCAGCAUCCAAGAGAGCGACUUCUGGUCCAACCUCUCGAAUGGACACAACUGCACUUGGGCCUUCUCAAGUGCUCUUUUCAAGAAAAAGAGAUUGAUGACUUGCCAGAAGAGUCAGACAUUAGCAAAUUGGAGGUAUCAGGAGGCAAAAAGUCUGUUGAUCGCGAUGCGCGAAGUGCUGAGCGAUUAGCAACGUCCGAGAUGAAAAACGCAGCCAUCAAGAAACUCGUAGCUGAAGAUGGUGGGCCUUUGAGACUUCAAAGACCUUUUGGCUAUUUCUGCUUCGGCAAGAAGCAUGAGUAUCGUCUGCAUGGCACUGUCUUCUCCAUGCGUUCAUCAGGAAGUCUGACGCCUGUCUUUGCAUUCUUACAGCGUGGAAUGAUCAGAAUUCAACGAGAAGGUGUCUUUGGGCUUCCAAAGCCCCGUCGACCUAACCCUCCAGCUGAGUUGCUGAGGGAGAUGCGGCUGAAGCAGAUCGAACCAACUGACCAGUGGCGUGAUCCUUACAUACUCGCCGUACUGGUUGGCCUAGCGCAAUCUCAGGCCGAAGAGAAACAGUCUCCCAAAGCACCAUUUCGAGAAAGCCACGUCUUCAAGACCUGUGCAGUGUUUGUCGACGAGAAAAACACAGAUUUCAUGCAUUUCUACGGUGCAAUGGUUUCCGUCGCUUUUCUCAGCAAGUUUGAAUAUCCCCACACACUGAUGAGACCGAAGAAGGCAAUGUUGUCAGAGCUUGGCAUCCGGAUGAAGAAACUUCCCUUCAAGCCUUACUCGACUUUGAAAUCGAGACUCCUCGCAGAGAUCGAGGCCUGUUGCAAGGAUGAAGAAGCCGUUACUACUUGA